CACUGCCCUCCCUCCCUCCCUCUCCACUCCUCCUCCGGGUGGAAAUUCAUCCUUCAGGCUCGGUAGCGGACAUUUGUGUUGAGGACGUCGGCUGUGCGGGACGUGUUCAGUGUCCGACAGCAGAGCCGGGUGAACGGGAGCCGUGCAGAUAUUACCGCCACACAAAGAUUUUGUAAUUGCUGCUGGUUUAAUUCCAAGCCCGGACACUACUCCACAUGGUGCUUUUUGAAAUGUAAUAUUUUUGUAUCGUGAAUCAGGCUUCCACCUUCAGCUGCGACCACUAAGUUCGGAGCGGCGGAGAGCCUGUCGCAGGGACUCCUUUCCACCGUGCGGAGGAAGCAGCGGAAGAACGGAAAGCAGGAUUUAUCCUGAAUUACACCAAGGGAUAUAAACCUGGAGGGGGUCUGACGAUCUCGAAGGCGCUCGGCACAAUGGGACUCCGAAACCUCUGAGGGCUGAGCACAAAAGGCCGAGGAGAAGAGGAAGAAUAAAGCCGAGGGAGGGAGAAAGGAGGACAAAAGAGGAGGAGGAGGAGGAACAGAAGGAGGAGGGAAGAUUCUUCCCCGGCGCCAGGCAAAGCAGGAGAGCGUUCUCUGCAGCAGGGUGGGCGGAGACUGAGAGGGAGGGAGAUUUGAAAGGAGGGAUUUGCUCUAUCUGUCGGGGGUGCAUGCUCCCCCAUAAGUCCCCCCUCCCACUUGGACAUUUAUUUUUUUUCUGCAUCAUUGACAGGCCGACAAAGGGAAAAGAAUGCGCAAUAAGUUAAGUUUGGGGGCGAGCAGGGGCCUCGACGUGAGACUACCCAGGACUAGAGCCUUGCUGCUGGGCUUGUUGCUGGCCGCGGCCGGCUGGCUCGCUCCGCCGGUCCGUGCGGACGUGGAGAUCGACGUGCUGGGCGAGAUGGUGCUGAUGGACGGAGGAGGAGAAAGUGAGAGUGGAGGCAGGAGGAGCGACCUGGAGGCCUCCAUGCACUCCUCGCUCCUUCACGACUUCCACGAAGUGACGGAAAGUAUCCGUGCGCUGGAGGCCGUGGAGACUACGGCGACUCAGCAGAACACAGCCGCUCCCACUGCCUUCCCAGACUCCUCAGCGGUCGUGGGUCGGAUCUUCCAGAUGACGGUGCCAAACAAGAUGGAGGAUGUUUACCUGGGUGAUAUCGUCAAGAUCACCGAGAUGGGGAAGGACUCGCUCCCCGCCUGGCUGCACUGGGAUGCCAGCAGCAGGGUCCUGCAGGGUCUACCUCUGGAGGAGGACAAAGGUGUGCAUUACAUCUCCGUAUCCAUCUCCAACCACACAAAGUCCUCCUCCUCCUCGGAGGUGUUUUCCAUCGAGGUGCACCCUGAAGAUCAUUUGGACGCAGAUUCGGCCCAGCUGGCAUCAAACCAGGCCUCCACUGAAGAUGACGUCCAGCCAUUCAUGUGCAGCAACGAGGAGCCGGUCACUGUGCUGACGGUGAUCCUGGACGCCGAUUUGACCAAGAUGAGCUCAGAGCAGAGGGUGGAGCUGCUGGAUGACAUGAGGAGCUUCUCUGGGGUGGAGCUGCAGCACAUGAGGAUACUCCCUGUGGUCAACAACAGGCUGUUCGACAUGUCUGCAUUCAUGGCCGGGCCCGGGAAUGCCAAGAAGGUGGUGGAGAACGGAGCUCUGUUGUCCUGGAAGCUCGGCUGCUCCCUGGAUCAGAGCACAGUCCCGAAUAUCAACAGUGUCCAGGGUCCCGCAAAGGAAGGCACAAUGUCAGCCAAGCUGGGGUACCCGGUGGUGGGGUGGCACAUCGCCAACAAGAAGCACCAUGUCCCCAAACGGGUGAGGCGCCAAUUAAACAACACGCCAACACCUGUUCUGGCCGUGCUUCCUCCAACAACUGUAGUUGAGCCUCCAGUGAGGAUUAUCCCAACUCUCUCCUCUCCCUCUAUUGCUGCACCAACUGAAAGCUCUGCCCCCCCUGUAAGAGGCCCUAUCCCCCUUCCAGGCAAGCCUACAAUCAGAGUCCGUGAAUCCAUUGCCCACACUCCAACCCUGGGACCUCCCCAACCAACAAGGGUAAUUGAGACUUCCAGCACCAUUUCUAUCCAGCCCACCAUGACCAGGCCUACUUAUGUGGAGGCCACUGUUACACCACCUACAACUACUAGAAGACCUACCAAGAAACCUAAGAGACCCAAAACCACACCCACACCCAGAGAGACUAAGACCUCCACAGCCAAGCCGUCGAGGCGUACCACACCAUCACCUGCCGUCGUCGUCGUCGUCAUCCCAGACCCAUACAAUGAGAAGCCUGUCCUGCGUAACCCCAUUGACCAGGUCAAUGCAUUAGUGGGCACCUAUUUCGAGGUUAAGAUCCCAUCGGAUACAUUCUUUGAUAAAGAGGAUGGGACAACUGACAAGCUGCGUCUGACUUUGAGACAGAACCACAAUGAGGUGGUUGGCGAGAGCUCCUGGAUCCAGUUCAACACCACCAGCCAACUUCUCUAUGGUCUGCCUGAUGUCCAGCAUGUGGGGAAACAUGAAUACUUCAUGCAGGCAACUGACAAAGGUAGCCUGAAUGCAAUUGAUGCGUUUGAGGUCCGUGUGACUCGCUGGCCCAUCAAUGACAAGUCCCCUGUGAUCUUCACGGCCCGAUUCGAAGGUGAGCCGCGUUCAAUAACAAAUGACAUCCACAAGAAGAUCCUUCUGGUUAAGAAGCUGGCAUAUGCACUGGGAGACCGCAACAGCAGCACAGUCAGUCUACGAAAUAUCACCAAAGGGUCCAUCGUGGUGGAGUGGACAAACACCAGCCUCCCGCAGCACCCUUGUCCAAAGGAACAGAUCGCAGUCAUGAGCAGGACGCUCGCCAGUGCUGACGGCAAACCCUCACAGACUUUCAGAUACUCUUUGGAACCUGAAUUCAGACCACUGAAUGUCAUGGUGAAAGGCAGGGCAAGCUGCAAAACAUAUUCCUUCAUCCCACCAGGUGAUAUCGAUAUACCAGAACCUCCAGCAGUCACACCCGCUCUGGGAACAGGCCGGCAGAGCACAGAUGACGUCUAUCUCCACACGGUCAUACCCGCCGUGGUGGUGGCAGCAAUCUUGUUAAUAGCAGGCAUCAUUGCAAUGAUCUGCUACAGGAAGAAAAGAAAGGGCAAGCUGACCAUCGAGGAUCAGGCCACCUUCAUCAAAAAAGGCGUGCCGAUCAUCUUUGCAGAUGAACUUGAUGACUCUAAGCCGCCUCCAUCUUCCAGUAUGCCCUUGAUUCUACAGGAAGAGAAGCCCCCACUUCCACCCCCUGAGUACCCCAACAUGGCCAUGCCAGAGACCACUCCCCUCAACCAGGAGCUGCUGGGAGAGUAUACAGCCCUGCGGGACGAGGACCCCAACGCUCCUCCCUACCAGCCACCACCUCCCUUCACCACUCCCAUGGACGGCAAGGGCUCCCGUCCCAAGAACAUGACUCCCUACAGAUCUCCACCCCCCUACGUGCCACCUUAAGACUUGCUUCACCCUCCCCUCAUAGGGUGGAGGGAGAGGAUGCCUGAGGAACUGUGACGGUUUCCAUUCUGGUGUUUGUCUGUCUGGACAUUUACAGGGAGAGAUGACAAGAGGUGCUAAAGUACAAAACAGCUUCAGGGGACUUUGGUUUGGGAGGGGACAAAAUGAGUCGGGUGGGGUUUUACAGUAGACGGAUGGGAUGAUUGGUUGAAACAGCUGGGAGGGACUACUGAUUUAGUGGAAGCCCAGCUACUACAGUGGCCUAAGACAAACAAAUUCUCGCCACAUUGGCUUUUGGAUCGACCAGUUGGUCAGAAGCGAUGGUCAGGAGCGGUGCUCUCCCUUCCCAGCAUUUCAUUUUUGUCUCUUGAUUUAAAAUACUGGCUUUGAUUGAGUUUUUUCAUCAUUAUCCCAAGGGUAUUAUUCUUUAUUUUUUCUGGACUGAAUUGUUUGUCUAACAACUCUUCUUUUAUCUUGCUUUUGAAUAAUACGAGAAGACAGUGAACUGCCAUCAGACCACUGCCGGCAACAACUCGUGUUUUUUUAAUAAGGAGAGUGAGAUUCUCUAAAAAUGAAAAAAGCUAUCACAAGGAUCUCAAAUCACCCCUGCAGACGACACAAGAGAAUGGGAGGCCGAGGUGUGUGUGUGUGUGUGUGUGUGUGUGUGUGUGUGUGUGUGUGUGUGUGUGUGUGUGUGUGUGUGUGUGUGUGUGUGUGUGUGUGUGUGUGUGUGUGUGUGUGUGUGUGUGUGUGUGUGUGUGUGUGUGUGUGUGUGUGUGUGUGUGUGUGUGUGUGUGUGUGAGAAUGAGUGUUUAUUCAGAUUCAAUACGGUUUGCCUUUUAACACUAGUUGUCUGUUUCUAUUCUUAUUCACAAUGUCUACUAAAGAUGAGAAUAACAAGGUAGCCUAAAAAAUGAUUUAGAGAUGAAUAAUACAUCAUUUGUUUGUUUCAUUGAUUUUGAAAUUCACUGUAUAUCUGGAAGAUAGAUUGUGUUAUAUUUUUUGGGUGGUGGAAGAAAGGGACUGCCUUGCUAAAAUAACCUGCAGGAGCUCUUUAUUCCUAGUUUGAUAUAACGAUUACUGUCCAUUAGAUGAAGAUCUUCCUCUCAGUUGCCCUCAUCUCCUCCGCAUCGAACAACAAGGUGUAAAACACUGGGAUGAGGCUAAUGUGGGAAAACAUGAACUACUGUUUUUAUUAUGAAAGAGAUUAUCUAACUAACUGCAGAGUUUGGUGUGGAUUUGGAUACAGAAAGUAUAGUUGUAUGCAGAUGUCAGUUAAUUUGACAACAGUGUCACGUGAGGUUAACAAAACUCCAGAACAAGUGAAACGCCUUGUCCGCCCUUUUCUACAUAAACACCUCCAACAUGUACACAAACAGGAAAAGGACCCCUUCAGUUUAUUUUGGACCAGGGAUAAUUAUUUUUUUACGUAAUGAGGCAGUUCUUCUCCCUAGUCAGAAGAAACUGCGUGUGCCAUAGAGACCGUCCCACAUGGGAUCGUACAAAUACUCACGUUUUAGAGGUCACAGAGGAGAUGAUCGAGGCGGAGAUUCAGAAUUUCCAGCAAUUAGCUCACUGACAAACGGUCGAUCUCCUCCUAAUUUUUUUACCAAGUUUUUGAUACAGCCUCAAAUUGUUUGAUUAUUAAAAGAAAAAUAUGAUUAAUGAUUAGUCUUCUGUGAUUUGUAAAAUCUUAGCCUAGAACUUCAAUUAUGAUUCAAUUAUGUACACUUUGUUUUAGUUUUCUUUGUCAUGGGUCACAUAUUUCAAGUGUUUUAUUUUAUUGUGUGUGUGUUUGCAUAUCAAAUUGUAUCUCCCACUAUACAAAGAUGGAAUGACCCAUAUUUUAUGUAAUCACAAAUUUUAUUUUUAUGUCCUUUAUGUUUGCUAAUGAGUUUCAACUGAAAGUGACCCUUUGCAAUAAUAAUGUACGGCGCAGUCCACUCAGUGACUGGAUGCAGGCUCAAGCGAGUGACUCGUCAUAAUAUUGUUGGUUUUUGCAGGAUGCCAAGGCUUUUUUGCUUAUCAAGUGUGCAUUGUCAUAAUAAAACCAACUGGUACGAUACAAACAAA